AUGUGCCACACCAGCUGCUCCUCGGGCUGCCAGCCGGCCUGCUGCCUGCCCAGCCCCUGCCAGGUGGCCUGCUGCGUGCCCCUGAGCUGCAGGCCCGCCGUGUACGUGCCCGUGAGCUGCAGGCCCGCCGUGUACGUGCCCGUGAGGUGCCAGGUGGCCUGCUGUGUGCCCGUGAGCUGCAGGCCCGUCGUGUGCGUGGCCCCCUCCUGCCAGCCCUCCGGCUGCUGCCAGCCCUCCUGCCCCACCCUCCUCUGCAGGCCCGUGUCCUGCAGCACCCCCGCCUGCUGCUGA